CGAUGUGGAGCAUACAUCUGCGCAGCUUGAAGUCAGAGACGGAGUGCCCUGAUCACUCGCUUCAGCGUCAAAGUGACUGCCUCCAUUCACAUUCGCGAUUCUUGAUUGCAGACCAUAAGCCGGACUAUGAUACUGCUGCCCCAUUACGACCCACACGCAUACAUCAGAGCUAGAAUUGCAAACGCACCCUGACCCAGCCAAGACCCGCAACUAGCUGCGCCAGUCUCCGACUACUUCGAAUACCUUCUCGGUCGCAGGCACUUUGACAGUCCAGAGCUCAACACUCAGACUCUUGCGCAGCAUAUUCAAAGCAGCAAAGCAUCCAUUUGGUCAGGAUGACCGGAGGCAAGGAAAAGUCCCUUGUCGGCGAACGCAAAGCCGAUGACAAGCAUAGGGGCAGCAUCCUCACAUCGCCGACAUUCAAUAAGCAGCCUGCACGCGCAUACAAGCUGCUUGCUGCACUCUUCACCCUCCCCUUGUUAGCCCUGUCCUUUGUCUACAUCGACGCAGCUCUCUCCGAGCCACACAUCAACUCACGCUUCACUUCGCUGCUCGAUGACUUGUCGGUUGCCGCCUACAAGAGCUUGGAUCUGGAGCGCGAAUGUCCUCAAGUCCCAAUCAACGCAAGCGCUCUUCACUUCAACCUCGACGCCAAGGGUUCGCGUGCCCGUGCACGCGCGGAAGAGGAUGAGGCGCGAUACGCUACCCUGCUUAGCGAAUCGGUCAAGAUCGACACCUCCAUUGGCGACAAUUGGCCCUCUCCAACGGAAAAUCCCUCACUCUGGGAGGACAGGUUUGGACCAUUCAAAAAGUGGAUGGAGCAAGCUUUCCCGCUGGCUCAUCAGGAUGAUCGCAUACACAGAGAUGUUGUCAAUCAACAUGGUCUGGUGUACACUUGGAAAGGGAGCGAUGAGAACUUGAAGCCUGUGCUGAUCACUGCUCAUCAGGACACUGUGCCGGUCUUGGAGGCGACGCUGGACCAGUGGAAAUAUCCACCGCAUUCGGGCCACGUGGAUGAACAAGGCGUUGUUUGGGGAAGAGGAUCGUACGAUGCCAAGGCUUGGCUAGUAGGCAUCAUGUCUGCGCUGGAACGUUUGCUUAGUGAAGAGAGCACGUUCGUGCCGAAGCGAGGCAUCGUCGUUGCCUUUGGUUUUGAUGAAGAAGCAUCUGGACCUCAAGGUGGAAGGCAUAUUGGUGCGCAUCUGGAAAAGGUGUGGGGCAAGGACAGCUUCGCGUUCCUCUUGGACGAAGGCACACCCAACCUUUCGUCAUCGUCGGGCUACGGUGUACCCGUCGCGCUAGUAGGUACGGAGGAGAAAGGAGCGAUGCACAUUACGCUCCGUGUAGAGUCUGCCGGUGGACACUCUUCCAUCUCCCCAAGGCACACCAGCAUAGGUAUGCUCAGCGCCAUCUUGGCCGAGCUCGAAAGGUAUCCGGAGCAGGUUAGACUUGGAAAAAAGGUUGGGGAUGAUUCCGCGCACUUGAACACGCUCAUGUGUCUGGUCGACUCGCCCGUCAUGGACCCUGCUCUCAAACGCGCACUCAGAAACCUUGCCUGGGCGAAGCGGUCUGUCCGCGCAAAUGACUGGGUUGCAACAAGUGACGACGGCCACACAAGUCGCAAAGGACUCACCGUAUCAACCAUGUUGGACUCGCUGCGUCACGAUCCGCACGGUCUUCGAAGGGUAGCCAGGGCAGAAGAUGCAGUCAAGGCUGUUCUGCCUCGAAAUUUGGCUAAUCCUUUCUUUACGACGCACGCGAUCGAUGUGAUUCAGGGAGGUGUGAAGAUCAAUGCUUUGCCGCCCGUCGCUAGCGCAUCUGUGGACCAUCGAAUCGCUCCUUGGUCCAGCGUCAAAUACUUGCAACAAGAAUGGACAGACCUGCUGAAGCGAUUUGCAGAAAAGUUCAACUUGGAGUUGACAGCGUGGGGAGAGAAGGUCGAUGCAAAGUCGUACUGGAUGGGCCACAUCUGCGAAAAUUCUUCAAAGCAGUCUUCUAUACGUUGGCAAGACCAAUGCGAGGGAUAUGUGACGUACGACGGGACCGGUGGCAAGCUCGUCAUCGAAGCUUGGGAGAGUCCGCUGGAACCGGCUCCUGUUACACCGACGCAGGGAAAAGAUGCAAAAGCAUGGAGAUUACUCUCUAGCGUGAUUCGCCAGACUUAUCCCACUGACCACACGGGUCAGGAAGUCCGCGUUGCCCCCGCCAUGAUGCAAGGCAACACCGACACGCGUCAUUAUUGGGCCCUCACUCGCAAUAUUUUCCGCUACGGCCCUUCAUCCUUCGAAAAGGAUCCGAGCGGAUUGGGUACGGUCAAGGGCGUGCAUGCCGAGAACGAGCACUACGCGACAAAACGAAGUCGACUGAGCAAGUUUUAUCAGGAGAUCAUUUUGAGAGCUGAUGCGGAGGAGUUUUGAGGGGUCGUGGUGGUCCCUUUGUUCUCUCGCGCCUCGAAAUUCUCCCCCACUUUGCACGCCUCUUCCGUAUGUGGCCUUUUCUGAUUGUGCUCGCUGGGGCAUUUUCAAGUUUCCUACCUAGCCAGCUUUACCAAUUCGGCAUGCAUCAUGGCAAUGCACAAUUUUUGGUCGUUCACUCCUCACAAUUUCUUAGUGUUAGCGCAAGCAAGCCUCGGACCCUUUCUCAACGACACACAGGAUAUUGCUAGUCACGCGCACGCAGAGCACAGCCACAACGUGCUACGAC